CAAAACAAAACCCUCUCAUACUAAUCCCCUACGGCUCCACCCCAUCCCAUUGGCCACCGCUUGCCCAACUCGAAACCCUCAUCAUCCGACCCUCCACGGCAACACCAUUCCGAAAUCCCCGCCCCACCCUUCCGCCAUCCCAAAGCCCAACCCCAACCCACCGAGCCUAAAAUCCCCACCCAUAUGGGCUCCACGAGUCCAGAAUCCUACUCCCACUGUCGAUUUGUCGAAACCACACCCAUCUGUAUUGACUAUAUAUACCCUUAAGGUAAGUCAAUCCAAUAAAUCCCCAAAUAUUCUGCGUUUUGACAUUAAUUCCACUCAAUUGGAAGUUUCUCUCAGAAACCCAAGAAAAGCUUACUCUUCAUCAAUGGCUUCCUUCUUCAUUUUCUCUCUCCUCCUCUUGCUCAACUUCUCCAGCACUGUAACUUCCUCCAUUGCAACGAACUUCACAACCUUCGAAACAUCAUCGCCGUCACCAUUACCAUCACUGCCGCCUCUUCCGUCGGUCUCAGUCAUCCAAGAAACAACCCAGCUCAACUCAAUCAGAGAUUCAAUCGUCGGAGCUGGAGAUUUCAGCAACUGGGUUGAACUUCUAGCAGCGGCUGACCCCUCCAUUUUCCCUCUUACAGCCACCCUCUUCGUCCCAGUUGACGGCGCUUUUCUUGCCGGAAACUCUACUUCUCCGGCCACUUCCACCGACCCUCUCCUCAUUUCAUACCACAUUGUUCACCGCCGCUUUACUUUCUCCGAGCUCCGGCAGUGUCCAAUUGGAACUCGCCUUCCAACUCUUCUCCCCGGAAAAACUCUGCUUAUUACCAACAAUUCCGCCGGCAAUUUCUCCGUCAAUGAUGCCCUAAUCACUCAUCCCGACCUCUUUCAAAGCUCUGCCGUUUCCGUUCACGGUAUCGGGGCUAUUCUUGACUAUGAUGCUUUCGGGAAUGAUUCAUCCUCGCCGGAAAAUUUUCUGGGUCAGGACCCCUCGUCGGAAAAUAAGCUCGGAGAAAUCCCGUCGCCGCUGAUGGUCUCUACUUCCGUUCGAGCUACCUUAGCAUGGCUCUUUCACCUUUUUCUCUUGAUUGUUCUGUUCAUGAUUAUGGAUGAUAACCCUGUUUUGGAGUAUUGCUUCUUUGACUUGUUUUCAAUGAUGAUGUUCUUCGCGUUUUCAGCUUUUGGGGGUUUCGUGUGGUGGGCUUGGUGCAAUUGGCGGCAGGUACGGGCUUGAUACUGGAUUACUGGGUUUCUGUCAAUUUUGCAAGAUUUGAAUGUUGUUCUUGCUGAUGUUGAUAUGUUGUAUUUUCUGGAUCGGAGAAGCAAACACUACUGUUUUCAUUGUUUAGCUAGUUUGUAAAUUUAGUAUUGAAGUUGUAUAUUCUGGCAGAGAAUUCUUAAUAAGUCGAUUAAAUCAAUCUUUAGUGUAUUCAUUGUUUUGCUAUUUUGUAAAUUUAGCUUUGAAGUUGUAUAAUCUGGCAGAGAAUUCUUUCUUUGUAAUAAGUAGAUUAAAUCAAUCUUUAGUGUAUUCAUUUUUUUUUUUGUAAUAAAUCAAUCUUCAGUGGAAUAUAUACCCUUUUACAAGUUACAUCUGUUGUUGAAUUCAAAAUUUUACUUUUUGCAAAUGUGUUGUUUGAUUAAAUUUGUGUGAGUUUGAAUGGGGUGAUCCUACUGAGAUAAAACAACUGAUUAGUUAGUAUACUAAUUGGGGUGAGGUUGAGAAAUGGGAAUUGGGGCUUUGUUAGCGGUAGUUUGAUUACUAGAUUUUCUGAUGUGAUUAGUUUUAAGGGAAGGGUUUGUGCUGUUGAUUUUACUUGUAACUUGCAUUCUGUUGAUUACAAAACAUUGAAGGUUAAUAAGACGGUUACUGUGAAAUUGCCCGGUCCUGAUUCAUGGAAUCGGAAAAGAUUGGUGGCAAAUGAGGGGAAACUCUGGUUAGUAACUUAAUAGGUCUUGUAAUGGUGAUGAUGAUAAGAAUUCUAUGUUGGAAAAGAAUCAAUUUAAGGUAUACCGUGUGGGUGAGUUGCAUAAGGAAUCGGUGAUGGAAACAAGUUUGCGAGGUUGGUCACUUUUUGUUAGUCUACAUUGGUGCUUUAUUGUCUGUGCUCAAGAGCUUAAUAUACGCGAGUAU